GACAUAAAUAAUGAGGGGGCAGCUGUAGCGAUUACAAAACAGAAAAAAAAUAGUAGAACGAACAGGUUUAAAGAAAAUUUUUUAGUAUAUACCUUAUAGAUAAUGGAAGAUCCAUUUUUUGUUGUAAAAGAAGAGGUAGAGAGAGCUUUAAAUAAUGUCAAUAAAUUACACUUAAGAUGGAGAGAUUUGUUAGACUCAAAAGCUGUCGGUAAAGAAGAAUUUACUUGGACUACAAAUGAAAUUAAAAAUAACAUAAGAAGUAUUGAAUGGGAUUUAGAGGAUCUUACAGAAACUGUUAGUAUUGUUGAAUCAAACCCAACAAAGUUUCAUUUAACACUAAAUGAUAUUGAGGAAAGAAAACAGUUUAUAAAGAACACGAGGAGUAGCACUGAACUUAUAAAACAACAUUUACUAAGCCCUGAAACAAGCGCAACUGUCGAAAAGGGAACACGCAAUGCUCUAUUGUCAAGACACUCAGGGAAUAAAUAUGAAAAACUUGACAAUGAAUUUGUUCAAUCCAACCAAAGAUAUAUAAAUGAACAGCAACAACAGCAACAGGUUCUUAUGAGUCAACAAGAUAAUCAAAUGGAGCAUGUUAGUCAUUCUGUUGGUGUUUUAAAAUCAAUGGGACAACAAAUUGGUAAUGAACUUGAAGAACAGGCUAUAAUCCUGGAUGGACUAGGUCACGAAAUUGACCAAACUGACUCUAAACUUCAAACCGUACUUGUUCGUGUUGAGAAGAUGUUACGAUUAGCAGAUGACAAAAAACAAACUUAUGUUUUAAUCGCCCUUGUUCUAAUGAUGGUUAUUGUUGUAAUAUUAUUUGUUGCUCUUUAGGACAAUGGAAAUGUAUUUUUGUAUUUGCCAGACAUUUUUUACUCUUGAAUUUACUUGUUUUUCUUUUUACUAACAAUAUACUGGCAAUGUGGUCAAUUAAAACUUGAAUGAUUUUAUAAUUUCAUUUUAAUGAUUGCAUUAAAAUUGAAUUGGCCAACUUCUUAUGUAACAAAAGCGUAGGAAAUCUUUGUUAAAAAAGAUAAUUUAUUAUUAUUUCAAUUAUAAUUACGAAAUUCAUUUAAUGUGUUUUUAUUAAUUGUUAUAUAUUGUAGCAACAUAUAGCUAUUAAGAAACUUUGAUAUGCCUGUUUUUGUUUACCUAAUUGUUACUUUGUUUACUCUAGUUUUUUUUUUCAUUUUAACACAUUACUUAGGAAACAAUUGUACCAGGAGGUAUCAGUGUUCCUCAACAUUUAUUUUAUCUUUUUAGACUUUUGGUUUAAAAUAAUCACCUAUGGUGAAUAGAUAAUAUUGAUAAGUUGGGGUAAUAUAUAUUGUAAAGAAAGCUAUAUAAAUCGCUAAUUUUUAUAUUUGUACGUCUAACAAUUUCUUAUUUAUAUAUUCGCCAAGAAAUUUCCCCAUUGAAAAA